AUGAUCGCGUUAUCAAGUAUUAAAUCUACCAAAUUUGCGCUUUCAGCUCACAAGUGUCUCUUGCACCGUUACCUUCACCUAAAGCCGACUAUUGUCGAUUUAGAGCGCUCGAGUCUCCAUCUGGAACGCUCAGAAAAUUGCCUUUCAGGCGACGAAGAUGACGUUGCCCGGCACAAAUCCUCCUUUGAUCCCGCCAUCACAAAUCCAGAGCGUGAAUUUCAGACUCUCGACAACGAAUGCAAAGCCGAGGGUAUCACUGAUCCGCUCUUAUACAGUCCAGCCAAUUUGGCAGUUAGUUUAAUAUUAAAGGAAAUCGCCAAGGAGGAAUCGCGUAUAGAAGGGGGACGAGAGAGAAAGUUUGGCAGUGGGAAAGGGUGGACGAGGAAAGGAAAGCUUGUGCAUAUCAAAAAUAUCCCCGGCGGUCCAUUCGAUCGGUAUGAAAAGCUGCUUGAGGUGCUGAAAAAACGAGCUUCAGAUUAUUCUACCAAGUUUGUCAAACAAAGUUGA